AUGACAAUUCUCCGAUGUAGCUGGGCAACUCUGCUCGCCAAUCUGCUUGUGCCUGUCGGCAUUCUGAUUUUCUCCUCUGGCUUCUUCCCCUAUAAACCACUCUUGCCGGGCUUGGCAACCUUUGAUGAAGCAGAUCAGGAUGCAUCAUCCGCAAUCUUCGAUAAGGUCAUUUUCAUGGUGGUGGAUGCCUUGCGCAGUGACUUUGUGUACUCGAACGAGUCCGGCUUCUUAUUCACUCAAAGUUUGAUCCGUACGGGUGCUGCAUUGCCAUUCACGGCCCAUGCCGGCUCCCCGACCGUCACCAUGCCCCGGUUGAAGGCGAUGACCACAGGGUCUGUUCCAUCAUUCUUAGAUGUGAUCCUGAAUAUCGCGGAGUCGGACACAUCGUCUACGCUAGCUUUUCAGGAUACAUGGCUGGCGCAAUUGAAAGCCCGAGGAGACCGGCUGGUCAUGUAUGGGGAUGAUACGUGGCUCAAACUGUUCCCCGGAAUGUUUGACCGGGCCGAUGGCACGACAAGCUUUUUUGUAUCGGAUUUCGUCGAGGUGGACCGUAAUGUGACUCGCCACAUUCCCACCGAGCUCGCCCAAAGUGACUGGGCUGCCUUGAUCAUGCAUUAUCUGGGAUUGGACCACAUUGGACAUAAGGCAGGUCCGCGAAGCCCUUUUAUGAGAUCCAAACACCAAGAGAUGGAUGCGGUUGUCAGCGAGAUCUAUACCGCCAUACAGCAGCAACCCCAUCUUCAGUCUACACUGUUCGUCCUCUGCGGCGACCAUGGCAUGAAUGAGGCUGGAAACCAUGGUGGCUCAUCUGCUGGCGAAACAUCACCUGCACUGCUUUUUAUAUCCCCCAAAUUCGAGGCUCUGGGAACCAAGCAGACAAGCCCCGUCGAGCCCUUUGCAGACCUCCAAUUCUACCGAACGGUCGAACAAGCAGAUAUUACAGCCACGCUCGCUGGGCUACUUGGCUUGCCCAUUCCCUUGAACAGCCUAGGUGUUUUUAUUCCAGAGUUUCUAGAUAUGUGGGAAACUGGAUCCCAAAGGCUUCGAUUACUUUUUCGAAACGCUCAUCAGCUCUUGAACACCGUUCAAACAACGUUCCCUGGUACUUCCUUCGAUCGGGAACCCAUUGCAGCAACCUGUAAUUUGAAUGCGGUAUCCGACAUUGAGGAGGCCCAGUGCGCAUGGUCCCAAGUUCUUGAUCUUCUGUCCGCCGAUGGAGCCAUGAAUGGCAAUUCUUCGGCCCUUGAGUCGGCGCUGUUACAGUUUGCACAUAUUGCCCAGAGCAUCAUGAGUAGCACUGCCAGUAACUACAAUGUUUCCCAACUCUGUCUGGGAUUAUUGGUCACAGGUCUUGCGGUAGUGCUGGUACUGCCCUCUGUCUACUCGGAAUCCGUGCAGACCACGUAUACCCGCGUGUUUCUUGCAUUCAUGGUUGUGGGCUAUGGUGGUAUGAUGUUUGCAAGCAGUUAUGUGGAGGAAGAGCAGCAAUUUUGGUAUUGGAUAUGUUCUGGCUGGAUGUUCUAUCUGCACAUCCGAUCGCAAUCCUCGAAGCCGCUUCUUCAAGGAAAGAGGUUUCUUCCAGCUCACGGCGGUAAACUGGUCACACUUGUACUUGUCGUCUCCCUACGAAUUCUGAGAAGAUGGAAUCAAACAGGGCAGAAAUUUGCUGCAGAGCCAGACAUUGCCCACAGCUUCCUUCCAGGCCACCCAGCCGUCUUCUGGGUCCUACUAAUACUCACGUACCUGGAUGCGGGCUAUCACUUUUUCCAAAGCCUGCCGCCGACACUCAUGCUGCGAAUAGGUGCUUUGGCUGUGGCAAGUAUGGCCUUCAUAUUCAAAUUGAACUUUGUUGCUUCCGACUCCCCUGAGCUCCUGCUCGGUUCCUUUUGGGCGAGGGCUAGCGAAAAUUGGCCCGAUAGCUUCUCACUAGUGUGGCAGGCAAGACUCAUUUUUGCUGGACUUGCAUGCUACGGUCUUCUGGCUGUGUUCAGUAAGAACAAGCAAAAAGCCCCCGGGGUGCUUUUUCACGAAGCACUGAAUGUAUUUUUGAUCACUCAGUCCAGAGCGACCAAUAUCCCCCUGUUCCUGGUUUUUCGGGUCCUGGCCAUGACCCUGUCCUCGAUGCGCCUCACCGGAAUUGAGGUGACAAUUACUGCGUUAAUAAUGCAGUACACGACUUUCUUUGCGCUUGGCGGCUCCAACGCGAUCUCUUCGGUCGAUAUUUCAAGUGCCUAUAACGGAGUUGGCAGCUAUAGUGUGGUGCUCGUUGGGAUUUUGACAUUUCUCACUAAUUGGGCAGGUCCGGUCUGGUGGGUUUCCAUGGGCCAGUUGCUUCGACCUCAUUCCACCUCAGCGGAUCACAACGUUGCUGCGCUGUUGACAUUCCACAUCGCAACCUCGCUGGUGUCUGUCAUGGCUGCCUGUACGGCUCUGAGAACUCAUCUUUUCAUCUGGACUGUAUUUUCCCCAAAAUAUCUCUAUACUUUGGCAUGGGCAACGGCGAACCACAUUGGCGUAAACCUGUUCGGCGGGUUUGGUCUCUCCUCUCUUCGGCAUGGGAGAUGA